CUUCUCAGCACUUGAACUCUACUAGCAACAGCAAUAAUGUCACCCCUUCUUGAAAGCUUUGUCACCGUCUCCAAAGACUCCCACUUCCCCAUCCAGAAUAUCCCGUUUGGCGUCUUUUCGACCGCACAGCAGACUACACCCCGUGUUGGCGUUGCUAUCGGUGAACAUGUGCUCGAUCUCGCCGCUGUUGCCCAUGCUGGCCUCCUGAACAGCAUCGAAGGGCUCCAGGAUCCAGCCGCUGUCUUUGACAAGCCUGCCUUGAACGAAUUCAUGAAUCUGGGAAAACCAGUAUGGCGCGCAACGCGUCUUGCAAUUCAAAAGUUGUUGUCCAAAGACGAGCCAGCGUUGAGAGACAACACUGAACUUCAGAGCCGUGCAUUGGUUAAGCAGACAGACGUCACGAUGCACCUUCCUGCACAGAUCGGAGACUACACUGACUUUUACUGCUCGCGAGAACACGCCACCAACGUUGGUAUCAUGUUCCGAGGAAAAGACAACGCGUUACAGCCAAACUGGCUUCACAUUCCCGUUGGCUACCAUGGUCGCGCAUCGUCCCUUGUUGUGUCAGGAACCGAUCUCCAUCGACCAGCCGGACAACGCAUCACACCUCAGAAUAACACCGGUCCCUUUUUUGCACCUUCGGCCAAGCUGGACUUUGAGUUGGAAGUGGGCUGGUUUGUAGGUCAAGGCAAUCCGUUGGGCAAACGUAUCGAAGUUGCCGAUGCCAAAGACCAUAUCUUUGGCAUGGUCCUUGUCAAUGACUGGAGCGCACGCGAUAUUCAAGCAUGGGAAUACGUUCCUCUUGGUCCUUUCCUCGGCAAGAACUUUGGCACCACACUUUCUCCAUGGAUCGUAACUCUGGAUGCGUUGGAAGAAUUUCUGGUCGACGGUCCUUCCCAAACAUCUCCAGCACCACUGGCAUAUCUCCAAGAGAAACAUAAAACGGCUUACGACAUUGACCUUGAAGUCCAAAUUAAGCCCAAGGGAUCAUCCAAAUUUGAACGGACCACACUCUCCAACCUCAAAUACAUGUACUGGUCCGUCACACAGCAACUGGCUCAUCACACCGUCAACGGAUGCAACAUGCGCGCCGGUGACAUGUGCGCUACUGGAACUAUCUCUGGACCUGAAAAGGGGAACUUUGGCUCGUUGCUAGAGUUGUCAUGGAACGGAGCUAAUAAAAUUACUUUCCAAGACGGAACGGAGCGCACGUUCCUUCACGACGGCGAUGAGGUCAACAUGACAGCGUACAAGGAUAGCGCGUCUGGGUACCGUAUCGGAUUUGGCGACUGUCGCGGUAAAAUCUUACCGUGUCUGUAUGCGCAAGAUGCAUAAAUAAAACAAAAUUCUCCUGGCUUUCUCUCCC